GAUGGGCCGGCCCACCGUCGCUGCUAGCUCAUUCAUUUCUUCUUUCCCUGCCGGGCCCCGGCGGCCUCUCCUCUCCUCGCUUGUCCCCACCAGGCGCCAUGGACGCUGGCGACGACGAACCCCCCGUUCUCCUCGACCGCGCCGCCCGCGCCUCCCGAGGCAAGAGGAUAACCAAGCUGCUCGAGGACGAGGUCGAGCAGGACGAGGCUUUCUGGAACCAAGAAGCCCUCAAGGAUGAGGAGAACGAUGACAACUACGUGGAAGAGCCGGAUGCUGGUGACGAAUUCGACAGUGAUUUUGGUGAAGAUGAAUCUGAAACUGAUGAUGAGCCGGAGAAGGAAGUACGCGAGAGAUUACCUAUCAAGAAACGGCUAAUGUUUCCUGGCAAGACGCUGAGGAAGACCAACGUCAAGAAGAAGAAGGCGACCCCAAAACCAGAAGAUGGCACAAAAGCCGACAAGUCUGCUGAUAAGCCGAGUUCAUCCACACAAGCAGAUCUUCCUGAUGAACUGGAGGCUGAGAAGGCCAUCCGGAAAUCAACCAGAACGUCGGUCAUCGUGAGGCAAGCUGAAAGAGAAGCGAUACGUGCUGAAAAAGAAGCAACGGCCAAGCCGAUUAAGAGAAAAAAGGAGGGAGAAGAAAAGCGGAUGACACAAGAGGAGAUGCUUUUGGAAGCAGCUGAAACAGAGAUCAUGAACAUGAGAAAUCUAGAACGUGUCCUGGCAAGAGAGGAGGAAGUGAAGAAAAAAGCUGUUGUUCAUAAGGACACUUAUGAGGGUCCUACAAUUCGUUUUUUCUCAAGAGAUGGGGAAUCACGUCUGGAAUUCAUAAAUGGAGCAUCAUUUGGGUCUGAACUUUGUACAACAUCAUCUCCUUAUCCGGAGAAACCUGUUUGUGUGGUGACAGGACUUCCAGCCAAUUUCCUGAAAGAGGAGGCUGAUAGAAAGCGUCCGAACAUGUCGAAUAUGGGAGAGCUUUUCGAAUCAAUAACUGGUGGACACUUGAUGCCUAAGAAGAGAAGGGUUGAGAUAAGGUCUCCGAACAUGUUAGGAGGCUCUAGGCAUGGCGGGCGUACCUGGCGAAUACCUGCUUUUGAUAUGGUGGACGAGGACUAACGAGACAGAUCCCGUGGCUCCCAAUAUGUCGAAUAUGAGAGAUCUUUCUAAAUCAAUAGCCGGUGAAGAGGAAGAUGGAUAGGAUGUUGUAUUUAGUGUUAGAUCUUGUGCUUGUAGUUAUCUUAAUGUAUUUUUGUCAGUUGAUAAAUUCAUGGUUAUUAAAGUGGUAAAACGUUAAAAUGUUAUGAAACAACUUUUUAAUAUUUUAACGUUUAAACGAACGUUGAAACGUCUUUUCA